CUCAGUAGGACGCUCCUUUCUGCACAGUGGUCCAGCUCGCCUCAAGCAGUCAACAUGACCUUCAACGGCACCUGGAAGGUUGAUCGCAAUGAAAACUACGAGAAGUUCAUGGAAAAAAUGGGAGUAAACAUGGUGAAGAGGAAGCUGGCCUCUCACGACAACCUGAAGAUCACCAUCGAACAGACUGGAGACAAGUUUCAUGUGAAGGAGAGCAGCAAUUUCCGCAACAUUGAAAUAGACUUCACCCUGGGAGUCAACUUUGAGUACAGCCUGGCAGAUGGAACAGAACUUUCAGGUGCCUGGACCAUGGAGGGAGACACACUAAAGGGGGUUUUCCACAGGAAGGACAACGGAAAACAGCUGACAACAAUCAGAACCAUCCAAGGAGACGAACUCACUCAGAGCUACAGCUACGAAGGUGUAGAUGCAAAGAGGAUUUUCAAGAGGAGUUAGACUCGUCUUCUUUACUAAACAAAGUGAAUUAUGAAAUUAUGUACAGUAUUGUGUUGAACUGUCACAUACAUCAACAUUCAAAAGUGCCAGAUUUGUGAUGCAUUUUUAUACCUGCAUUAAUAAAAUUAGAACAGCC